GUGGCAUCUGAGUGAGACCUAGCUGGAAAGAACUGUGAAGCUGUUUGAGAUAGAUAAGAAUGAUGUGUCUUUAGUACGUUGAUCUGUGGCGUCCACCAAUAAGAAACUCCGGUAAUAGCGGAGUCAUGUUCAAAUUGGACCACCCUUUUCUUCAAAUUACAUGCGUACAGUGGUCGACGUUAUGCGCAUAUUCUCCACGACGCUCAGGUAUGCAGAACCGCUGCUAUUGAGGAUGGUGCCGACAUUCGCAUUGUCACGAACAAAUGUUCUUGGUCACAAGCUUUGUUCCAUAGUUUAAUGGAUUGAGCUGAAUCGUCAGAAGGAAUUGUCUGGAGCGCAAAAGUGGAAAUGGAGUACAGAAAAUCUAAUUAGAUAAGGUCACCAAGAUAGAAUGUUUACCAUCACAGAGUUAGCGUCGUUGAACGACAUCCAGCCGACCUACCGCAUCCUAAAACCAUGGUGGGACGUCUUCAUGGACUACCUGGGGGUGGUCAUGCUCAUGUUGUCCAUCUUCGCCAUGACGAUGCAGAUCACAAAGGACCAGGUGGCAUGCCUUCCAUGCCUGGAGGAAGCGGUGACAGGGCCAAACUCUUGGACAUACCAAAGUCCACAAGAAACCGCCUCAUCAGCAGUUGGCAUAACGACAGUGCUUGCUACACCAAUGGCCACUAAAGAUCUACCAGACAGUGCAGUACACGAGGUCCACAACACCCAGCCCAUCAUUGUGAAGCGAGAGAGCAAAAUGCAGCAACCCAGGCCCACAGGGAUCCAAACCAACUUAGAUUAUCAGCAGUAUGUCUUUGUCAACCAAAUGUGUUACCAUAUUGCCUUGCCCUGGUACUCAAAGUACUUCCCGUACCUCUCCCUCAUACACACCCUUGUGCUUAUGGUCAGUAGUAACUUCUGGUUCAAAUACCCCAAGACAAGCUCAAAGAUUGAACACUUUGUGUCCAUUCUCGGACGGUGCUUUGAGUCUCCAUGGACUACAAAGGCUUUGUCCGAGACAGCCUGUGAGGAUUCUGAGGAGAACAAGCAGAGACUGACUGGCACCACUUCAGCACAGAGAGAGUUAUCACAGGAAACUAAAGAUGAAAAUGCUGCAAACUCAUCUACCCCUAUGCUUGGGAAUACAGGAGUCAAGUUCUCAGCAGAUAAGCCUGUUGCUGAAGCCCCAAGUAUGACUAUCCUGGACAAGAAAGAUGGGGAGCAGGCCAAGGCUCUAUUUGAGAAGGUGCGGAAAUUCCGCGCCCAUGUGGAGGACAGCGAUUUCAUCUACAAGCUCUAUGUAGCUCAGACUGUGGUCAAAACGGUCAAGUUUAUUUUGAUUCUGUCAUAUACGUCAACAUUUAUUGCUGCCAUCGAGUUUCAUCACAUAUGUGAACCCAAAAUCAAACACUUAACCGGAUAUGAGCAGUUCUUUUGUACCCACAACAUGGCUUUCAUGUUGAGAAAGCUCCUCCUCAGCUACAUGGCCCUCAUAUUGAUCUAUGGGAUGGUCUGCUUGUAUUCCCUCCACUGGCUUUUCAGGCGCCCCCUUAAAGAGUACUCAUUUGAGAAAGUCAGAGAGGAGAGUAGCUUCAGUGACAUUCCUGAUGUGAAAAACGACUUUGCGUUCCUUCUGCACAUGGUCGAUCAGUACGACCAGCUGUAUUCCAAACGGUUUGGUGUCUUCCUCUCGGAGGUCAGCGAGAACAAGCUGAGGGAGAUCAGUCUAAACCACGAGUGGACAUUUGAGAAGCUCAGACAACUUGUGACCCGAAAUCCCCAAGACCAGCAGGAGCUCCACCUCUUCAUGCUUUCUGGUCUCCCCAAUGCAGUGUUUGACCUCACCGACCUGGAAAUACUUAAACUAGAGCUAAUUCCUGAGGUCAGGUUUUCGGCAAAGGUUUCCCAAAUGACCAGUCUGCAGGAGCUGCACCUCUGCCACUGCCCUGCCAAAGUUGAGCAGACUGCCUUUGUCUUUCUCCGUGACCACCUCCGCUGCCUUCAUGUCAAGUUCACAGACGUUGCUGAGAUCCCAGCAUGGGUUUAUUUGUUGAGGAGUUUGAGGGAGCUAAACUUAGUAGGGAAUUUAAGCUCAGAAAACAACAAAAUGAUAGGACUAGAGUGCAUGCGUGAUUUGAAACAUCUUAAGACAUUAUAUCUGAAGAGCAACCUCACCAAGAUCCCCUCCAACCUCACUGAGCUGUCCCCACACCUGAUCAAACUGGUGGUGCAUAACGAUGGUACUAAACUACUUGUACUGAACAGCCUCAAGAAGAUGACAAACCUCGCCGAUCUGGAGCUGCACAACUGUGAGCUGGAGAGGAUCCCCCAUGCUAUUUUCAGCUUAACCAACCUUCAAGAGCUGGACCUCAAAUCCAACAACAUUCGCACCAUCGAAGAGGUCAUCAGCUUUCAGCACCUCAAGAGGUUGACCUGCCUCAAAUUGUGGCACAACAAAAUCAUCACCAUUCCAGCCUCAAUAGGCCAGGUCAAGUCUUUGGAGUCACUUUACCUUUCACACAACAAACUGGAGACGCUCCCGCCGGCGCUGUUCCACCUCCCCAAGCUGAGGCACUUGGAUGUCAGUCACAACUCCAUCACAGUGAUCCCGCCGGACUUGGGUCUCCUGCAGAACCUCCAGCACUUCGCAAUCAAUGCAAACAAGGUGGAGGUGCUGCCCAAGCAGCUGUUCAGGUGCACCAAGCUAAAGUUCCUGUGUCUGAGCAAUAAUGUCCUCACCAACCUGCCUGAGACUGUGGGUCAGUUGGUGCAUCUUGCUCAGCUGGAGCUGAGGGGGAACUGUCUGGACCGCCUUCCCUCACUGCUGGGGAACUGUCGCCUUCUACGUAAAAACAGCCUCAUUGUAGAGGACCACCUUUUUGACACUUUGCCUGUAGAGGUAAAGGAGAGCAUUAGUCGGGAGACCAACGUGUCCUUUGCGAGUGGCUUAUAGUUGAUCAUUUCUGAUACCUUAAACCCUAAUGGUACAUUGAUUAACUGAAAUGUAUAUUACUCACUGAAGCAAUACGCUAUGAAAGUAACACGUUAUUUACCAGGAACUAGCCUUGUAGUUUUUAUAACUUUUGUAGGCUUUUUGAAUCCUCUUCAAUGGGCAAAAACGUAGCGCAACGGUCUUGAAGCCAAAUACUUCGUAAAGGCACAUGGCAGAAGUAAAUUCAAACACAAAUAUAAUUUUAUAUACAGGUAUUGUAUCGGCGUUCUUCGUUUGUAGAAAGAGAAUCGGACCGAAAUGCAGAGUGGUGGUUACUCAUGUCUUUAAUGAAAGAAUCGCGGUACAUGAAAUAACUGAUACAAAUACAAAACAACAAAACGGAAUG